CCUAAUCUGGUCUUCUUCUUCUAGUUGGGAAAUUGCUUUUCUGUAUUUCCACGGAUCCAACCCCUUAAAAAAUAAUAAAUAAAUAAAUAAAUUGGACCCCCCUAAAUUAGGGUUUUCCAGAUCACGCUUUCAGAACUUCCCACUUCGGAACUUCAAAUUCGAAUUCCAAUUUGGGAAUUUCGUUUCGAAAACUUCGAGGAAUCAAAAAAAUAAUUUCACUGUCCUUUGCUGUGAUUUAGGUUCUGUUUUUUUGUUUUUUGUUUUUUUUUUUUAGUGUUUUUGUGUUAUGGCUGUGCUUUUGGAGGAGAUUGUGCAAUCCAUUGAGCUAUGGUUGAAGCUGAUCAAGAAGCCCCAGCCGUACGUUGACCCGAGUCUGGACCCGGUGCUGUUGGUGCCUGGUAUCGCUGGUUCAAUCUUGAAAGCAGUUGAUGGUGAGAAUGGUAGAGAGGAGAGGGUUUGGGUUAGAAUUCUUGCUGCUGAAUACAAGUUCCGGACUAAGCUUUGGUCUCGAUUUGAUCCUACUACUGGUAAAACUGAAUCUUUAGAUCCAAAAACAACUGUUCUUGUACCUGAAGACAGAUAUGGACUGCAUGCGAUUGAUACCUUGGAUCCUGACAUGGUUAUUGGGCGUGAUUGUGUCUAUUAUUUCCAUGACAUGAUUGUUGAAAUGAUCGGAUGGGGUUUCCAAGAGGGGAAAACACUUUUUGGUUUUGGAUAUGAUUUCCGCCAAAGCAACAGGUUGCAGGAGACAUUGGAUCGCUUUGCUUCAAAACUUGAGUCUAUAUAUAAAGCUUCAGGAGGGAAAAAGAUAAAUAUCAUAAGUCAUUCUAUGGGGGGUCUUCUUGUGAAAUGUUUUAUGGCCUUGCAUAGUGAUGUUUUUGAGAAGUAUGUAAAAAAUUGGAUUGCAAUUGCUGCACCUUUCCAAGGUGCACCUGGGUAUAUCACAUCUACCUUUCUAAAUGGAAUGUCAUUUGUUGAUGGGUGGGAACAGAAUUUUUUUAUAUCAAAAUGGAGCAUGCAUCAGCUGUUGAUUGAAUGCCCAUCAAUAUAUGAGUUGAUGGCGUCUCUGAAUUUUCAAUGGGAACACAUUCCUCUUCUAGAAAUCUGGAGAGGGAAGCUCAAUGAUGGGAACUCUAGUAUAAUUCUAGAGUCUUACCCCCCAGUUGAGAGUGUCGAAAUUUUCAAGGAAGCUCUGUUGAGUAACACGGUAAAUUAUGAUGGUUCGGAUAUCCCCCUUCCAUUUAACAUGGAUAUCUUGAAAUGGGCUAAUGAAACUCAUGAGGUCUUGUCUCGUGCCAAAGUUCCUUCUCAAGUGAAAUUCUACAAUAUAUACGGGACCAAUCUUGAGACUCCUCAUAGUGUUUGCUAUGGAAGCAAGGAAACACCUGUCACAGAUCUUCAGCAACUACGUUUUUGCCAGCCUAAUUACAUAUACGUUGAUGGCGAUGGGACAGUUCCUGUAGAAUCAGCUAAGGCAGAUGGGCUUAAUGCAGAAGCAAGGGUUGGAGUUCCCGGUGAGCAUAGGGGAAUCCUUUGUGACCAUCAUGUAUUUCGGAUUGUCAAACACUGGUUGAAGGCGGAUCACGAUCCAUACUACAACCCCGUAAAUGAUUAUGUGAUUUUACCAACUGCUUUUGAAAUUGAGAGGCACAAAGAGAAAGGCUUACAAGUAACCUCACUUAAAGAGGAGUGGGAAAUCAUCUCAGAAGACCAAUGCCACCAAGAUAAUAUAAAGCCUUCUGUGAGCUCUGUAUCUGUUUCCCAUAAGGGAGACAAUGCUUCACGAGAGGAAGCCUGUGCAACUGUUGUCGUACACCCUCCAAGUGAAGGUAAACAGCAUGUCGAACUGAAUGCUGUAAGUGUGUCGGUCGAUGCUUGACAUUGUUGCUGGUUAAACUGUUGUAUUGGGAAAAAGAAAGGGAAAGGAAAGAAAAAUGAAAAUCAAUGCUUCAUAAUCCCAUCUUGUAUCUGUUAAUGAAAUUGAAAUCUUGUAUAUAAAAAAAAACUUUAUGUGACAGAGCCUGUGCCCCCACUCCAUUAAUCCAUUGUAAGAUAUGCCAUUGUGUUUGUGCAUAGCAGUAUUAUAUAUGAAUUAAGUCUGUAACUUGUAUCAUUGUUAUGUUCUUUGCAUUCUUUUAAAAGGGAUGUGCUGUGAUACUUUUAUAAAAAUGCUUUUGUAGAUUA